AGGUCUUUUGUUGGCAUCCCGUCCCUGAGCUGGAGGUCUCGAGGGUGCCCUGGUUCGCGCUGGCGGCCUGGGCCUUCUGAGUGCUCUCGGUACCCAGGGCCUCAGGACUUGGCCGCGGGUGGUCGUAGGCCAGACUCCGGCGCCGCCCUGCUAACCUUCUGAGCGAGAACCAGGACCCCCGCCCUCCUGUCACCCAGUGUAUCGCUGGUGUAAAGUACGCUGUCGUCUGUCACGUGGGAGAGAUGGUUUCUGCUUACAGCUUUGCUGGGAUUAAAUACUUGCAAUAAAUGGCUUCAAAGAGUGCGAAAUACGGAGUAAGGGUUCUGUUACCCAGAGAAGUGGUAAAAUCGCCCUCUUUUUAUAUAUGGAGGGUCUGAAGCACAAAGAGGGCUCACUGCUGAAAGACCAAUUGGGGUUUAUUUUUACUUUCGUUAUUAUUGUUGUUAUUUUGUAUCGGGUAUUGAACUCUUGACCUCGCACUUGCCAGGCAGGCGCUUAUGGUCCAGUUGAUGAUUAAAUGUGGGAGAAAGGAUCUGAACUAACAGCCGCCUGACUCCAAAGCAGCUCGCGUAACAUCAGGCUUUCUUCGGGCUCUUUCAAGUUACAAGAGAUGGAGCACUAAUGGUGUGAGGUGGAGUGGGUUCCAUGCCACCAGUGAACAUGGCUGCUGUUCCUCUAAAUAAUCUGCAAGAGCAGCUAGAGCGCCACUCAGCCAGAAAACUUAAUAAUCAAUCAAGUCUUUCAAAACCAAAAUCUUGUGGUUUUACUUUUAAAAAGAAAACAUCUUCAGAUAACGAUGCUUCUAUAACUAGUGUGUCAGUAGCAAAAGCACCAGUGUUAAGUGAUAAAGAUGUGAAUGUGUCAGAGGUCUUUUCCUUCACUGAGCCUCCACCUCAUACUCCAAAUCAACAGACAAAGGUGAAUGGCUUCUUUAAAAAUGCUACAUCAGGACAACAAGGCCAAGGACUUGGUUCAAAACCGUUACUGGUAGAUUUGUUGAAAACUUCACAGGAAGCUUUACCUGCUACUCGAAACACAUCAGCUAUAAAGAAACCUUAUGAUGCUGUUCUCAAGAAAUUGGAAUUUAGUUCUUCCCAAGAUUCUUUCUGUACUAUGGAUGACUGGGACGACUUAGAUGACUUUGAUACCUCAGAAACGUCGAAAGUAUUUGCUACACCACCUAAAAAUCACCUCAUAAGAGUAAGCACUGCUCAGAAAUCAAAAAAGGCCAAGAGAAUUUUUGUUAAGGCACCACCUCAUAAAACAAGUAUUGUGAAGGCAGAUUUGACUCAGUCUGAAAGCCAGCCGGUGGUAGACUUGACUAAGGAAGAAAAACAUGACUUGAAAUGGUUAAAAAGUAGUAUGAUUUGCAUUGAUGAUGACUCUGUUCCCCAAGUGCUUACAAGUGAAGAUACUCAGGAAAGUAAGUCUUUGAAUCGUUUGGGAGAUGAAAGAGAUAAUAAUGAAAAGCACAAUGAGGAAGAUGUUGAACUAUAUUCAACUGAGAAGGCUACGUGUGUUGAGCAUAAUGACGAUGAUUAUAUCGAUUUUGUCCCACCUUCUCCAGAAGAACAAAGUAUUUCUGCCUCUUCCUCUUCUUUGAAAUGCUUUAGUACAUUAAAGGAUCUCGAUGCCUCUGACCACGAGGAGAACGUUAACACAUCAAAGGACUUUUUGUCGAAACCAGAGAAAUUGACGACACAGGAGCCCAAUCCAGAAAUCAGUAUGGACUGUGAUGCCAGACCGAUCAGUUUGCAGCAGCAGCUUCUUCUUGUGAUGGAGCACAUCUGUAAAUUAGUUGACACUAUUCCUCUUGAUGAACUGAAAGCUUUGGAUUGUGGAGACGAGCUGCUUCAGCAGCGGAACCGAAGAAGGAAACUCCUAAGUGAAGCAGAUUUCGCUAGAAAUGAUGCCAAUCUUGAUUCAGUGUGGAAACACAACCCUGAUAUACUUGGUAGCCCUGUGGAGGAUGACUGCUGCCCUGCAGAGAGUUCUAUUAAGGGCCCGCAUGUUCCACACCUUCCCUCAAAUUCUCUUUUCAGCAGGGAGUGUUUACUGAACACCACCCCAGGAAAGACAGGAUUCUCAGCCACCUCGAGCACUCCUUUUGAAAGACCUUUAUUCAGUUCCCAUUUACAGAAGUCCUUUGUCAGUAGCAACUGGGCUGAAACACCAAGGGUAGAAAAAAGAAAUGAGAGCUCUUAUUUCCCAGGAAAUGUUCUCACAAGCACUGCUGUGAAAGAUCAGAAAAAACAUGCUGCUUCAGUAAAUAACUUAGAAAGAGAAAGCCAGGCGUCCCCUGAUGUUGAUAAUUUCAAUAUCGAUGACUUUGAUGAUGAUGAUGACUGGGAAAAAAUAAUGCAGGACUUAACAGCUAACAAAACUUCCACAGCUGCAUGUCAGCCUAUCCAGAAAGGUGGGCCACUUAAGUCAAUAUCAGAGAAGAUUGCUUUAGCCAAGAUGCACUCUCUCCCAGGGGCUUCUGUUGUUCCACAUCACACUGACAAGCUGACACAAAAUUUAGCAUCCAGAAAUACAAGCCAGGAGCGCUUCCAGAGUCUUAGUUUUCCUCAUACUAAAGAAAUGAUGAAGAUUUUUCACAAAAAAUUUGGCCUGCAUAAUUUUAGAACUAAUCAGCUUGAGGCGAUCAAUGCCACACUGCUUGGUGAAGACUGUUUUAUCCUGAUGCCCACUGGAGGUGGCAAAAGUUUGUGUUAUCAGCUUCCUGCUUGUGUUUUGCCUGGGGUCACUAUUGUCAUUUCUCCCUUGAGAUCGCUAAUAGUAGAUCAGGUCCAAAAGUUGACUUCAUUGGACAUUCCAGCUACAUAUUUGACAGGUGAUAAGACUGACUCUGAAGCUGCAAGUAUUUACCUCCAGCUAUCAAAAAAGGAUCCAAUUAUAAAACUUCUGUAUGUUACUCCAGAGAAGGUUUGUGCGAGUAACCGGCUAAUUUCUAUCCUGGAGAAUCUGUAUGAAAGGAAGCUUUUGGCACGUUUUGUUAUUGAUGAGGCACAUUGUGUGAGCCAGUGGGGACAUGAUUUUCGUCCAGAUUACAAAAGAAUGAAUAUGCUCCGCCAGAAGUUCCCUUCUGUUCCAGUGAUGGCUCUGACCGCCACUGCCAAUUCCAGGGUACAGACGGACAUCCUGACUCAGUUGAAGAUCCUCAGGCCGCAGGUGUUUAGCAUGAGCUUUAACAGACAUAAUCUGAAAUACUAUGUAUUACCAAAAAAGCCUAAAAAGGUGGCAUUUGAUUGCUUAGAAUGGAUCAGAAAGCAUCACCCAUAUGACUCCGGAAUCAUUUACUGCCUCUCCAGGUGGGAGUGUGACACGAUGGCAGAUACACUGCAGAAGGAUGGGCUUGCUGCUCUGGCUUAUCAUGCUGGCCUCAGUGAUGCUGCCAGAGAUGAAGUACAGCACAAGUGGAUCAACCAGGAUGGCUGCCAGGUUAUCUGUGCGACAAUUGCAUUUGGAAUGGGGAUUGACAAACCUGAUGUGCGAUUUGUGAUUCACGCCUCUCUCCCUAAGUCCGUGGAGGGUUACUACCAAGAGUCCGGCAGAGCUGGGAGAGAUGGGGAAAUCUCUCACUGUCUGCUUUUCUACACUUACCAUGAUGUGACCAGACUGAAGAGACUGAUAAUGAUGGAAAAAGAUGGGAACCGUCAUACAAAAGAGACUCACUUCAAUAAUUUGUAUAGUAUGGUACAUUACUGUGAAAACAUAACAGAAUGCAGAAGAAUACAGCUUUUGGCGUACUUUGGUGAAAAUGGAUUUAACCCUGAGUUUUGUAGGAAGCACCCUGAUGUUUCUUGUGAUAAUUGCUGUAAAACAAAGGAUUAUAAGACAAGAGAUGUGACUGGUGAUGUGAAAAACAUUAUAAAAUUUAUUCAAGAACAUAGUUCAUUGCAAGGAGCAAGAAGUGCAAAAUAUGUAGGUCCUUCUUCUGGAAGAUUUACUAUGAACAUGCUGGUCGACAUUUUCUUGGGCAGUAAGAGUGCAAAAGUUCAGUCUGGUAUUUUUGGAAAAGGAUCUACUUACUCACGACACAAUGCCGAAAGACUUUUUAAGAAGCUAAUACUUGACAAGAUUUUGGAUGAAGAUCUGUAUAUCAAUGCCAAUGACCAACCAGUUGCCUAUCUGAUGCUGGGAACUAAAGCCCCGGCAGUACUAAAUGGGCAGUUAAAGGUGGACUUUAUGGAAACAGAGAAUUCCAGCAGCAUAAAAAAACAAAAAGCUUUAGAGGCAAAAGUAUCUCAGAGGGAAGAGGUGGUUAAGAAAUGCCUUGGAGAACUUACAGAGGUCUGCAAAUCCCUGGGGAAGGUUUUUGGUGUCCAUUACUUCAAUAUCUUUAACACCGCCACUCUCAAGAAGCUCGCAGAAUCUUUAUCAUCUGAUCCUGAGGUUUUGCUUCAAAUUGAUGGUGUUACUGAAGACAAGCUGGAAAAGUACGGUGCAGAAGUGAUUCCAGUGCUACAGAAAUACUCCCAGUGGACCUUGCCAGCUGAGGACACUUCCCCAGGGAUCAGCCUGUCCGGCAACAGCGGCAGCAGGCGGAAGGCCCCUGAGGAGCUGGAGGAUGAAAUUCCUGUGUCUUCCCACUACUUUGCAAAUAGAGCCAGAAAUGAAAGAAAGAGGAAGAAGAUGCCAGCUUCCCAGAGACCUAAAAGGAGAAAAACUAGUUUUGGUGGCUUCAAAGCAAAGGGGGGCUCUACCACAUGCAGAAGGAUGUCUUCUAAAAGUAAAUUCUCCAACACCAUUGGAUCCAGCUCAGCCUUGCAUAGCUCUCAAGCAGCAUCAGGAACCAGUAGAAAAUUGGGAAUUAUGGCGCCACCAAAGCCUAUAAAUAGACCGUUUCUCAGGCCUUCAUAUGCGUUUUCCUAACAGCCCAGGCGCAGUGUACGUAGAGCUUUGUUGGCUGUCAGCAUCUGACCAUCUGUGACUCCAGAGCUGUCAGUCUCGUUACACCAUUGGAAAUCUUUACUCAUAUCUAUUAAUAUUUAAAUAAAUGCUUGGGUGCCAGUUUUUAUUUUUAAAAUAAACAAUUUCUUUUGAGUAGCAUGUUUUGCUGCUGCUUUUGCAAAUGUGUUUCUCAGAAAGUCUGAAGCAGCAGCUGAAUCAUCUCAGAGAAACUGUAAGCAUAACAUGAAGGCAAAGGCAGACACGCAUGGGACGCUGUGAAACUGAGCUUCUUGCAUAAGCCACCACCAAGAGAAGUAAAAGACAGAUGCCACAGAAAAGAGAAGACACACCAGCCGGCCACGGUGGUGCGGACCUGUAAUCCCAGCAUCCUGGACACUGAGGCGCUGUAAGUGGAAGCCCAUUCUGGACUACAGAACUAGACCUUGCCUCAAAAAAACAAAAAAGAAAAUGUACUGUAAAGAAUGAAUGUGUACAGUGUACAGACAGUAUGUAUAAAUCAUUAAGGAAAAGCCGACACAGAAGAUAACUAAACAAGCUGUGAAUAGAAGAAAUAUAAACCCACAAAUCAAUGGAAAAUGCUGUCUUUUAAUUAAAAACAAAUUAAAACCA